CGGCGCGUGCUGCUGUCCGCUCACCGCGCGCGCUCAUUCUCACUCUCUCUCUCCGCUCCCCAUCUCGCGCACCUCUACUCCGGCCACCUCUCUCUGCGCACACCGCCAAACAUGCCCGAAAGACCGCCGACACGCCACGGAGCAUCGAUGGAGGAAUAAGUGAAACAUGGACAAACGAUGACAAGACGUUUAGUUGGUGCACAUAGGUUUCAGGAGAACCGCUGUCGCAGAGGACGAGAAGGAGGAGGAGGAGGAGGAGGAGGAGGAGAGGGGACGAAGGAGAGAGGGAAGCAGACACAUCUGCCUUGACUUUGGGGAUUUCUCUCCGGCUAAAGUAGGCAAGAAAAUAGGACAAGCCACGCUCUCCGGAUGCCAGAAUUCACCGUGUGUGGGUGGAAUAUUUAACAUGUGUCAGGAUAACCGUGUUGGACCAACAUGUUCUCCAAUUUAUCGACCUUUGGCAUUUUUCUGUUUAAUAAUUUCACCAGUUAAGGUAACGUCUGCGUUAAAAUAGUUCAGCGCGAGCCCUACGUUUACGCAGCCUUUUAACGGUUGAUAAAAUAGGCAUAAAGACAAACAACACUGUUGCUCCAUUUUCCCCCCUAAAUUUUUAUUCUCUUUUCCGAAGCAUCCUCUGUAUACGGUCUGGCCUCCCACGGAGCAAGGUGUAUUUUGUUUUGGGGUAAAGUAGGACGGUUUUUAGAAGGCAAUACCCCCCUCCUUUCCCUUACAUAAAUGUUUGCGUGCCGUUAGUGCUCUCGUUCUCGGUCGACCCCCCCCCCCCCCCCCCCUCUCCCUCCCCUAGGUUGCUGAGUCUCACGCAGACAGACAACUCACAUUCACACAUAGACACACAGACCUGGACAGGAUUCCACGCGCGCACACACACGCAAACACGCGUCUCAUAUGCAUACAUAAUCAUACAGACAGACCUUACCCCCAUCCAGCCCACUACCCCUCCACCAACCCACUCACCCCCUCCACCACAAUCUGAUGAGUCCCCGGCGUAGAGGUGGACGUGGUACGGAACCGGCUGUAGCAUCAUCAUCAUUAUCAUCAUCCUCAACACUACCACUGUCAUCAUCACCAUCCUCCUCCUCUUCCUCACCAUCACCAUGUCCUCAUCGUCGCGCAAGAUCUCCUCCGAGUCCUUCAGCAGCUCGGUUGGCUCGGAUUGCGGGCUCGAAAGCCCCGGGGGAGACGGAGGGGAAGGUGGUUUGGAACCAGCGGAGGAGAGCCGAGGAUGCCCCUUCGCCUCCUUCUCCUCCUCGCACAGAGCGGUCCUGUGGAACGGGCGCAGUCCCGUCGAGAGGUCGGUGUGCCCGGCGGGCGAGGAGCCUCAAGGACCCAGUGGACCGCACAAGAGGGUGACACGGAGGAGACGGGUGAACCUAGACUCGCUGGGGGAGAGCUUGAGGCGGCUGACCUCACCCACGACACAGACUGUUCAGGAGGCUCUGCAGCGAACCUUACAAUUCUACAGACAACAAGAGAUCAGGUGUCAAGGAGUUGGCAGUGAGGAAAAGCGAAGAGAGAAAAGAGAGGAAAAGUGCCCAUUUCUGGAAAAUUCUGGUUCAGAAGAGGAUGUUCUACAAAUUCUACAGUACAUGGCGACCAUAAUGGGAGUACCAUUCUGUGAGCUGCGAGAGCAUUUUGGUGAGGAGUUCUUUGGCCUGUGCUUUGAAGAAAAUGAACGAGUGCUUCGAGCUGUAGGCGGAAACCUCCAGGACUUCUUCAAUGGCUUUGAUGCCAUUUUGGAACACAUUCGCACCUCUACAGGGCGCCGUGCCUCAUCUGAGAGUCCCUCCUUCCAGUGCAAAGAUCCUCAUGAAGAGGAAAAAGGAAGACGAAAAUUGGACAAAGUUGGAGAGCCAGAGGAGACAGACAGAAGAGGGAAGGUGUUGCUUCUUCACUGCUUCAACCCUGCUCCUGUUGUUGGCUUGGUCAUGCCAGGGCUGAUCAGAGCUGUUGCCAGGCGGAUCUUUCAUUCAGAAGUUGAGGUAGAAGAGGUGCCACCUCUAACCCCCUUAUUGCCUAAUGAAGACAUAGAACACACAGAUGGUGACUCCACAAGCCCCACUCCAACUGCAUCACCCAAUGCAUCACCUUCAUCAUCCCCAUCCCCUCCUUCAUCUUUCCCAACUUCUGCUCCCACUGUUUGCCUGUCCUUCCAAAUCCAGGAGACAUCUCCACCUUCCCUCUCAAAUUCUGCCCCGGUGAACUCCAAGAGGCCCCCCCUCUCGCUGUCUAUCAACCCCAGUGAUCUGCGCAUUGGCCUGGCAACAUUUUGCCGUGCCUUUCCCUUUCAUCUUGUUCUGGGACCUCGCAUGGAGCUACUGCAGCUUGGGGAAGGACUGCGGAGGCAGGCUCGCAUCGAGCCUCAUCGGAGCCUCUUAUUCAGGGACUGUUUUGAGAUUGUCUCACCCAAAAUGGAGCCUUCAUUCAAGGGCAUACUGCUGAGGCUUGCGUCGCCAUUCACCAUUCGUACCAGGCCUGACACCACACAGACUGGUACCAAGGAGAAGGUCAUGGAGUUGAAGGGUCAGAUGAUCCAUGUUCCGGAGUCAUGCUCCCUGAUGUUUCUGGGCUCGCCACGUGUUGAUAAGUUGGAGGAGCUGAUGGGCAGGGGCCUCCAUCUGUCAGACAUCCCUAUUCAUGAUGCCACAAGGGAUGUUAUCUUGGUGGGAGAACAGGCCAAAGCUCAAGAUGGCCUGAAGAAGAGGAUGGAUAAGUUAAAGGCCACAUUAGAGCGGACACACCAGGCGCUGGAGGAAGAAAAGAGGAGAACUGUGGAUCUCCUUUACUCCAUAUUUCCCGGUGACGUUGCCCAGAAACUGUGGCAGGGUCAGCCAGUGCCUGCACGCAAGUUUGACGAUGUCACCAUGCUGUUCUCGGACAUUGUGGGCUUUACUGCAGUGUGUGCCCAGUGUACGCCUAUGCAGGUCAUCUCCAUGCUGAACGAGUUGUACACACGCUUCGACUACCAGUGUGGCAUCCUGGAUGUUUAUAAGAUUGAGACAAUAGGUGAUGCCUACUGUGUGGCAGGAGGACUUCAUAAGAAGGUUGAUAGUCAUGCAAAGCCAAUUGCUCACAUGGCUCUGAAGAUGAUGGAGCUGUCAGAGGAAGUGCUGACACCAGAUGGGAAACCUAUCAAGCUACGAAUAGGCAUCCAUACAGGUUCAGUGCUGGCAGGCGUGGUUGGAGUUAAAAUGCCACGUUAUUGUCUAUUUGGGAACAAUGUGACGCUGGCGAGCAAGUUUGAAUCUGGGAGCCAUCCACGGUGCAUCAAUGUUAGUCCCACAACAUACCAGUUGCUGAAAGAUGACCGCUCUUUUUCUUUUGUCCCUCGUUCGCGGCUUGAGCUCCCAGAGAAUUUUCCCAAAGAGAUUCCAGGGACAUGUUACUUCCUGGAGGCGGGGACAUCUCACAGCCAUGCAUCAUUGACCAGCUCUCGCUCCGCCCCUCCAGCCUCUAUGAGGAAAGUCUCCUACAGCAUUGGGACCAUGUUUCUAAGAGAAACAAGUUUGUAAGUUCAAAACAGAGACUCGGAAACCUAGAUAUGCAUUAUGAGAGGCUGGAUUUAAACCUGUGGAACAUGCAGGAGACCGAUGACAUGGGUCUAGGGAUGUUCAAAAGCAUUAAGUGAAAACUUGGAUUCACACCUGUGGGAUGUCCUUUAUGAAUGAAACUCAAUACAUGCUCCUCAUCUAAGGUGAAAAGAACCCACAACAUUCCCCACUGAAGAAGAGAUGCUUUAUAACAGUCAGUCUCUCAUGGAGGCUGAACGCAAUCUUUCCAGGAGAACUUUACUGACGGGGGUGAAACAUUAAUAUAAAACUUUAUAAUCUAGCAGGAGUCCUCAGCCCAGAACUGGUGUUAAGUUCUUUCUAGAGGUCUUCUUCCAGACUGGUACCUAAACCUCAGUCUAUAGGCAGAGAAGUUUGGACAAAACCUGGAGUGGGACCAUUUCUACAGUCUGACCAGUGUUGCACUCAUUAGCAAUUGUAUUGCGCAAAUAGAACAAAUCCACUUUCACUGAUAAAGUGGGUGCUGGGGAAUGAAAUUGUGUGAAUUACUAUUCAAAGAUGGCAACAUUGCCACAAAUGUUUGCUGUGCAUCAUGGCCUAUUGUGCAAGGACGACCCCUACUGAAGAAUAAUACAGCUCCCCUUCCAACUGUCUCUAUGUCAUGUCAUGUGUUACAAACAUACCUUCAACAUCCGCUGCCUGUAACAUCAACCCUUCAACCUGGGACCAGUUGGUUGGGGAUGGGGGGAGACAUGUGAGAGGCAGAGUCAAAGAGAAACUAUGUAAGAAAUAGGAUCAUUAACAGACAAACGCCAAAAACGCUGGUACUAAGCUGAUCUUAGAGCCUUUUGUGCUUUUCACCCACAGCAAAUGAUAAAAAAAACAACUAUCCAGCCAUUUCAUCGCAGGUAAAACAUUUAGAACUGAAAAGUUAUACCCAGCUCAGUGCCUUUUUACUGCUCAAGUCAGGACAAAAUAGAAGAUGGGUAUUUUCAAAUAUUUGACUAAAUGAAUACUCACAGACGGCUUUAUUUAUCUUAUUGAAUAAGCAAUGUCCCCACAAGUUUAAAGAUAUUUUUACAACAGUUUUCUGUCCCUGCAUAUACUAACAGAGGGAAUGGUACAUGCCAGAGAUUUUGGCAUUUAGACUUCUGAUGAUGAAAGUUGGUGUUUUAUCCCACUGAGCCAACAGGACACCUGGUUAUUGGUGUCUUUUACUUUGGGACUAUAAUUAAUAAAUAGCACCUUCAGAGAGCUCAAGUAUUUGAAACUAUAUUCAUCUAACUUUGUCCCGACAAACUAAUAAUACACAUGAUUUAGUGCUGCAUACCAACAUGUACACAUAGUCAUAGUAUGCACCUUUCACACAUCAUUCAUAUAAACACAAUCACUUUCAACUGCAUUAUUUUAUACAACAUGGAGCUUAAAGCCCUGUACAAAUGUAAGACAUGAGAGUUAAAUUCAGUUCUUCUAGUUUGCUGGUAGUAUUCUCCACGACGGGAAAAAUUUCAGCCCCUCCAAAAGUGUCAGUACAACUCAUUAACAUGGUGAUUUUUUCAGAUGUUUCUCACUCAGAGUACUCAAUAAAUAUUGUCACAAGUGUAAAGUAAGGUUCUCAAUGGGUAAUCUGUUAAUGUUUUACAAAUUUGGUGCAUUUCGAUAAUGAAUAAACUCACUAGUCUAGUGAUCCUGGCCUGACAUCAUCUACUAUAUGUAUCCGUAGUGAAAUCAAAAUGAAUAGCUGGCUGUGACACAGAGAAAAUGACUUUUUCUAGGUGUUCAAGUUUUUUUCUAGUAAAUCCAAUUUCACUGUAUGGCAUCAGCUACUGGCAAAUAAGCGUAUAACUAAACUGGUCAUUAUAUUUCCACCUCAGAUGUCAUGGGAGUAGCUUACUGUAGUUUCACUAAAAAUCCAGGUGGGUAGUUCUUUAAGGAUAACAAGUGCCAAUAAAUAUAUUAAAUACUCAGAGUGCUGUUGAUAAAAUGCCAGAAAUAUAAUCUGUGUUCUUUCUUCAGUAUUAGAGCUGGCUUAUUUUAAGAACCAGGUUUCUUCAGAUUGUCUGUUUUGUAUUCAACACUUUAAAAGGUAGGACCAGCACAUGUCGACGGCCA